CUCUCUCUCACAAACGACACUCAAACCCUCGCCGCCUCUCUCAUUCUUUCUCGACACUCUCUCACAGAUUCCUCUCCCUCUCUCUCAAUGAUGGCUCCUUCGAAUCGGAGUAACGACGCCACAAACAAAUCCCGUCGUUGCCCGCGCUCUACCGGAUUACAGCUCCUAGGUUAGUGAGCCCCUCGUCUCUGUCUCGAUUCCUCUUCCAUCUAGGGUUCAUUGGGUUUCGAUUUAGACUUCCUAGGGUUUCAAUCUAGUUUUUUUUAGUUUCGAUUUACAUAUUUAGUUAGGGUUUACAUCUAAAACUGUGGGGUUUUUUUUUCAGUUUCGAUUUACAUGUUUAUUUAGGGUUUACAUCUAGGUUUUGAUCUCAAGUUUCAAUUUUUGUUUUCGUUUUUGUCUCCAUUUCAAGUUUAGAUUUCAAAGGUUGAAAGUUUUGUUUUUUUUUUUCUGUCUACAGAUAUGCGGCAAGGGAGACCUCAGUUGACCUUAUCGGAGCCUUCUGCCAUGGCCCCAUCUUCUGCUCCUCCUGGAGUUGUACCUCCUGGAUCUGUGCCUCCUGGAGUUGUACCUCCUGGAGCUGUUCCUCACACAUCUGUCGGUUCUUCAAGUGCAGUGCCUGCGGUUCCUGCCCCUUAUGUCAGGAGAAGAGAAGAUGCUCUGCUACGUGCGCCAUCCAGACGUAACCAGCCACACCUCCAUCCUGACAAGAUCAAUGGAGCAUUGUGGUUUGGUAUGGAUCCUGAAGUCCAUGCUUUUAUCAGAGCAACAUGGCAGGGAAAAUAUUGGGGGUUGUGGGCAAGCUGGAACUUCGUUCCAUCUGAGAAGAAGGAUCAGUGGUGGCAUGCGUUCAUUCAACACUACUACUGGGAGGACCAAUUCCAUGAUGAAAUCUACUUGAAAUGGAAGAAACAAACUCAGGUUACCGUCUGUGGCCGCAUCAGCCAGAACAGGAGAGAUAACAGACAACCUUCCUACAUGUCAGACACUCACUAGGCAACAGUGGUUGAGAAGUACAGCACUGAGCAAGCAAAAAAAGAAGAGUGCAAAAGCUGCAAUAUCUCGCAAGUCUGCUCCAAUUGGGAAGAAGAUGCACAAGCACGGUGCAGGCCCACGCUGUUUCCUUAACAUUGAGUAUAAAAUGGUAAGUUUUGCCUUGAGUUUUUUUUCAUAAUUUUUUUUGCCUUAAGUGCUGUCUGACUUCCAUCUGUUUCCUUUCUUAUAGAUGGUUGAUGAAGGUUUAGAUGAACCACCUUCAUACACAGCCCUUGCGAGGUAGACUCACAUGGGUAAAGAUGGUUCCUUCCUAGACGAACGUACAGAGGAACUGGUGCUGGAGGUUGAGGCAGCCGUUGAAGAGAUGUUACAAGAUGAAUCUCCACUUUGCGACAGUCAAACUGACUCCACUGCUGCUUCAAAUGCAAAGCGCUAUCUUCUCAACCAAGAAUACAUCAAGGUCAUCUCUUCUCUCAUCCUCAUUUUAUUUAUUUCACCUUACUGGUUUAAUACUUGGUUAUUCAACUGUGAUUGAAAAUGCUUGUGAUUGUCUAAUUUAAUUAUUGGAAAUGUGUGUGAUUGUCUUAGUUAGUUAUGGUGCUUGUGAUUGGAAAUGCUUGCUUAUGAUUAUUUUUCCUUUCUUUUUGUAGAGAGGAAAGACAAAGAAGGGUACAAUCUACGGCCUUGGCAAUGUUCAGUACAAGAACAGUAGUGCUUCUGUGUCAAUUCCUGUCUCACUCAAGCGCAAUCGUGACUUGGAUAUUGAUAUACCAUGGAUUUGACUCAUUUUUACCCAUGGUAUAUAAGUAUUUUAUUAUCUAUAUACUAUAUAUUCUAUCCAAUUAGGUAUGUUUUCAGGUUCAGAAGUAUCUUGGAGUAAAGUGAUGAUUAUGGAGCAUUUAGGAGCGUAAAAGAGAUUUCAUCUGAGCUAACCAUAAGAGGUCAAUACGAAGAAGAAACAAUCGAUCGAUGCACAUCCAGUGACGUCGAUCGAUGCAGAAGAGAAGCCUCAACGAUUGAAGAUUAUGAUCGAUCGAUGUACAUCAUGUACCAUCGAUCGAUGUCGAGAGUCGGAAGUACGACUUGGUUCUAGCCGACUUUAAACCCAAGACUUCACCAAAUUACAAGAUUACCCCUGACAAGUUUUUAACCUAAUAUUUAGAUACUUGCCAAAGUGUUAGGAGGCAAGAGAGCUUUUGGCCACCUUUGUAUUCUUAUUUUCAGCAGAGAGUUUUAGGAGAGAAGAUCAUAGAGAGAUUUGUGAUUGGAACUCCAUUGAUUCAUCUAUUCUAUUCUAUGCAGUUUUUAUUUAUAUUUUGUGUCAUGAAUUGCUUAGUUAUGUCUGAGUAGUUUACCUGUUAGAUUCAGGGUUCAAAUAGGUUAAAGGGAUUAGCCCCAACUACAGAUUGCUAAGUUGUGGUAUCCAUUAAUUGAUUGUUCUUAGUGCUUGUUCUAGAUUAGCUAACUACUAAUAUUGAACCUAGGAAUCUGCAUGAGUCAAGCAUCAUUGGCCAUCCAGUCCUGAAACUAAUCUGUCAUGCUAGGACUGCUAGAAAAAGGCUACCGUUGAACUAGACAGCUAGUGAGCAUUAUCGACUUGCGCCUAGGGCUUAACUAGAAGCAUCGAUCGAUAUUGUCUUCUGACAAUCGAUCGAUAUUUGUGAAAGGUGUAUCGAUAGAUAUCCCUAUAGGACCAUCGAUCGACACUUUCUUGUGAUCAACAAACGACAGUUGAGAUCCAAGAUCUAGUUAGUUAACUAGUGAAAAUUGUCAUCACUGAUCACUGUGUUUAAGAGGUUGAGCUUUAAUAUAUCAUGCAUGCAACUGACAGGCAUCUAUAGGAUUAUAAUCUUCAACACCUGAAUAGAAACACUGCAUCUAAUACCUUUCCACUAAGUUAUACCCCCAAUCAUCUUGUUAGUCGAGCAAUAGACUUGCUCAAUUAGGAUUGUUAUUUACAUUUAAACCAUAACACAACAAACACUUAGAAUUAAUUAUUUACUAGAUUUAAUAGGUUCCCUAGCUCCUUGUGGAUUCGAUCCCUAAGUACUACAAUUGAACCUCUUAUUUUAGAGAGUAAUUCACUCCUUAGGGUAAUAUGAGUGGUAUAAAAUUUGGCACCGUUGCCGAGGAGCUUUGAUCGCCAUUAAAUUUAGUGUUAUUAAUUCUUUUCUUUUUCUUUACCCCCAUUCUGACACUAAAUUUUUUCUUGUUUUCCAGGUGCAUGCCCAGCAGUACCAGAAGCAACAAGGAAAAGCACAUGCUAUUCUCAGAAGAUCCUGCUUACUUGGAACGCACGAUCCACAAAGACCAAUGUUCCACAUCGAUCGAUACCCGACCUUCAUCGUCGACCGAUUCUCGUACCCACCCAUCGAUCGAUACCCGACCUUCAUCGUUGACCGAUCCACAUUGUUCGACAUCGAUCGAUCCUACACCGCGUACAUCGAUCGAUCUUCAGUCGCGAAGCAUGGUUGCGAUUGUUAUUCUCAGACAGGAUGAGAAUGGAGACCUGUAUGACCAGGAUGGUCAUCUGCAUAAUGCAACAGGUCAGAAACUAGACGCUCAGGGGAAUGUAAUCCAUGAUGCUGAUGCUACAGGAGCUGCUCAACCUGUAGAAGAGGCUGCUCCACCAAAGGCACAGGCCGACUACAAUCGUCCAGACGAGUACUACACCAACAUAUCAGCUAUUCGCCUUCCAGAGAUUCAGAAGGAGAAUUUAGAGCUGAAGCC